AUGGUUUGCUCGACGAACAACAUUAUCAAAUGCUCUCCAAAACGGUACCACGACCUUCGAGGUUCCCUCCGCCAUGCUGAGCUGGACAGUUCGGGAAAGAUUAACUGCGUCCUCUGGCUGUGUCGACUGCCAGCCGGAACAGAUCAUAAAGUCAACGAGAACGGUUUGCAUUCGCCGACACCGAAGUUGUCUCCUGCGCUACGGGAGGACAAACAUCACAGCUUCCGCCUACCAAAACAAGCCUCCUGGAGG